AUGUUCGGAUUAUUGCUCUUUCUGUGGUUAACGGCUAUAACAACAAUCUUCCUUCUAUGGGCGCACUACGACAACCCCGCUAUGCUUAUUGCUAUUCCUCUGUUGAUGUUAGCAAAUCUUAUUUCAUUGUUUAUAUUGCAUCGAAGCAAACGCAAAUUAGCCAUCGAUAUUAAAUUUGAUAAUAGAUUUUCCAUUUUAAGAAGCAGCCAUUUCAACAAAAGUAGCUUACAAAAGGAGGCACAUUAUUUAGACGUAGCGCAUCCUGAAACUGCUCAUCUCAAUGACUCCUUCUUCAAGAAAGUAUCCUGGUUUGUUAUCGAACUUAUCGCAAUUUGCUCAACGCGCAAUUUGUGUUCUCUUUCUCUCUCCCGUACGAGCCAAAUCCAUCAGGACAACAAUACCACAAUCCCCAAGUUCUAUUUUGACAUUGAACUUAACUGGGGCAACUUUCUGAGCGUACUUUCCUCUUCACUACUUGGGGAUUUUACAUCGAUAGUAGAUUACAUAAGAACACAGACGGACACAUGUUUUCACUCGUCCCAUGAAGAAUAUAUGAAAGGUACUGCGAUUGUGAAAGGUUAUUCAAGUGACCCCUAUCCUUCAUUUGGGUUGCUUUCAAAGAACAACGAUGGACAUAGAUUCUCCAAGCUCUCUUCAAUUAAAAUAUUCACCAGUUCGCUUGACGAAGAAUUCUUAAUACAUUUGAUUAGCAAGCAAAAUAACGACAUUGACGCACUUGAGGAACCAGCAUUUCACAAGGAAGCAAUUAGAGUUCCAAAACUCUCUUUAGCAAAAAGGUACAGCGAGAAGCUUCUACUAAAGAUAGGAGAGCAAUCGCCAUCUAUGUGCACUCUCGUAUAA